UGUCUUUAUUAAAACGUAUUGCUCGUUACCUAUUUUAAAUCGUGCAUCCUCGUUUUCAUUACGUACAUAUGAAAGUGCGUUUUGUUUAUAAAAGUAUUCCAAAAUGGGAAACGCGUUCAGUACUGCCACGGCGGGAGGACGCAACGCUGAAAACGUCACGAGUGAAAGUGAAACAAUGAGCAACGCCGAUAUUGAGAAACUAGAAGAAAAUCUGCAAGAACAACUUGAAGAUGAAGCUCAAAAAGCCAAAGAAGACGAAAUGGAGGAAUUCAGAAGGCAGUUAAAUAUCAAAAGAGAACAAAGAAAAGAAAUUUUAUCUCGACACAGGGCCGAAAAAGAAGAAUUAGAAAAGUCGUUACAAAAUGAAAAAAAAUCUAAAAUGAAAUUAUAUGAAAGCAAUCGUAAACUACGUGAAUUGUUACUUAUCAAUAAUAUUGAAAUCCCAGAAAAUCUUCAAUCAUCUAAAGAAAACUCUGAUUUAACGGACGCCGUUGCUCAAAUAAGCGACGAAUUCGAAAAGAUGAAAUCUCACAAUAAUAAAUUGAGAAGAGAUUUAGCAGACGCCAACAUUGCCUUACAAGGCGCAUAUUCAGAUAUUGCAGAUUUGAAUGCACAAAAUACAGAAUCUAUCAAGCAGAUAAAUGCACUGAAGGAAGUGGUAUCAGUCAGUAAAACUAUGAUAAAUCUGCGUGAGGGACAGCUUAACGAGUUAAAAAAUAAGUUGAAUGAAAUUGAGAGAACCCUAGCUGACAGAGAAACAAAUCUCUUAUCUGCUGACCUGAGGCAAGAAUAUGAGAGACAAUUACAAAAUAUAAGAACUCUACGUGGUCUAUACGAAGAAAGAGCUAGAUUGGGUGAAGUAACUAGGCAAGGGUUAGUUCGAGAAUUAGAUGAACAAAAACGGCUUUAUCAAGAGGAAGUCAAUAAGUGUAAAGGUCUUACUACAAACAUAGAAGAACUCGAAUCCCAAAUAGAAUCAUUAAAAGAAUCAAUAGAAAAUAAGAAAAUGCAAAUAUCCACUUGUCAAGACGAAGCAAAUGUGUUAAAAGCUGAAAUGGCAGUCGUAAACAAGCUUUUCUCUCAAGUUCUACUAGGAUACAAAUCAAAACAAGAUUUAGAUAAAUUAGUGCACAGACUUGAAGAAAACCAUGGAUUGCUCACCCACAUGGCCGAAAGGGAAAACGGAUCCGAAGCAUCUUCAGCUUUGCCUAAACUUUUAUUAGAAUUAGUUAGUCAGGUUGACGAAUGCGAAGAAAACAAAUCCGAAGAAGAAAAGCCUGAUAGCACAAUAGAACAAGAUAAUACUGAGGAAUCUGUUUCAGAAUGUCAUCCCUCUAAAAAUACAACCGCUGAAGAAAUCGUCGAAAAUCUACCCAAAGUUUGGAAAGUAUUAAUGGAACUUCUGAGUCAUCAGAACACUGCAGAUGUCAAUACAUCGGAAAAAGUUACAACGUGCUACAAGUCUGUUGAGACGAAAUCUGGUCCCGUAUUAGUGCCAAGCGUUAGUCAGACUUACAUCAGAUUAAAGGAUCUUAUUGUCGAAAAACUGGGCUUAAUCAAGGAAGUUAACCGCAUGAAGCAACUCAAUGCGCAUUUGGAGACAAGAUUAGGAGAACAGGAACGUAGACUUUGUUUGGUAACUACAGAACUUAAAACUUGGCAUGUGGUAAGUAGAUUACGAAGACAUCACCACCAACUGCACACACAUGAAAAAAUACUGAAAUAUGAACUGCAACAAAAAAGAAAACUAUUAAAUGAACUCAAAGAAGAGUUGGAAUAUUGUCGUGAAAAAUGGGAACAAGCCCGGGAGAAAAAUACACAAUCGGAAAGAGACUGGAGAAAGCUUAGGGCUGAGUUUUCGAGCAGAAAGACUAAAUCAGACUCGCCAUCAUUCAAUAACUCGGCAGAAAGCGGAUACAGUGACGAAAGACUUUCUGAUGAAUCAUCAGAAUCAAAUGACGAGAGUGAGUAUGUCGCCGAGCCACAUUUGAGAUGUAAGAAAAAGCAAAAAUCUUUUGAAACAGCUAUAGAUUCCAGUGCUGAUUUUAAUUUAGUAGCUGAAAGAGAAGAUCCUGCCAGUGACAUGAUAGAUGUAGCGGAUUUACCUUUAGAUGCUCAAGAUGGCGAUGACAAUCACGAUCCUGGGUCUGACCUAAGUAGGAGUGAAAACCAACUUAAAAGUGAAAAAAUAUGUGAAGAAACAGAAGACGAACUCUGUGAUAUUGCAAAUGAUGAAUCCUGCAUUGAUGAAUCCGUAGUCGAAGACGAUUGUUCCAUGGAUCUUUCUUCAUUAAAUACAGAAAUAAGUACUAAUGAAGGUGUCGAUGCAUCGAGCAGCACAACACAAAUAUCUUCUUCCGAUGGCUCCAUUAUGACCGUCAUCGAUCCUGCAGAGAUUUUAAGAAAUAUCAGGCUACAAAAUGAAAGAUUAGCAAGAAGGGACCAGAAAUUGGCAAACUUAGAAAAAUAGUACCGCUUUGUUGAAAAAACACAAGCAACGGCCAAAUUUAGUGAACAAUUAAACAGUACUCUAGAUCAUCUUAUUAAUCGUCCAACAACCAGUAAACAAACAAAUAAUAAUGAAAAUGCAAAUCGCGAGGCAUUUAUUGAAGAAACCACACAAAAUGACGUCGGUUUAGUCGAAGCAUAUACAAAUGCAGAAGAAACAUCGUCCCUAGGUGCUAAUGAAGCCCCAGAAAAUAUUUCUAGUGUUAAUUUAAAAUCAACUACAAGUAACGAUGGCAACUUACAAAACAAGAUGACUGAUAUCAAAAACAUAUUAGAAAAUGUUAAACAUCAAAAUGAGCGACUGGCAAAGAAAGAUGAAAGACUUCAGAAAUUAGAAGAGAAUUGCUCGGAAGUAGUCAAAACCAUAACAAAUACUUAAACGGGCGAAGAGAUAAAUAUAAAAUUGGACGUCCUUCACAGUAAUUCCCUAACACCGUGCGACAAAGAAGGUAAUGAGCAAUUUUUAGAUGAUAAUAACAGUCCAAGUUCAAGCCAUCGAGCAUCGGAACCAUCCACGUCUAACGACCACGAAGCCAGGUUUGCAGCUCGGGAUCUUCGUCAAAGAUUAGAAGAACAAACAAAAUCUCUCGUAAAUAAAGUCAAUAAAACCACGUCAAAAGGUGUAAAGAUACAUUACAAGUUGGAAGAAUUACACAACAUUUACGGAUCUGAAAACUCACGCGCCGGAACACCUUCUGAUGAUACUGAAGAUAAAAGUAAUGAAUGCGACACGAAUGACGAAACAUGAAAGUAAACUAUUUACUAUAAACACUGUAAGAUGAAUUGUUAACGCGUAUUUAAUUAAAACAAGAUAAGAUAUUUAUUA